AUGUACUGGUUGAAGCGACUCCAUGAGAUUUGCAACGAGGCUGAGAAGGCUGGCGAGAAUGGGCUGGUGGAGCUUGCUGCUGAUUCUAUUGGAUUCAUGGUGAACAAUAUUGAGGAGAGGAACUCGAAUGUUAUUCGGGUAUUUGCGGCUGCAAGCGAUGAGGUGCGUCAGGAUGAACAUCUGGUGGGAUUGAAGAAUUUGGCCGAGGAAUACAGGGGCACGUAG